AUGGACAAUGGGCUGGCCUCUGCGAUUAGAUCGUGUCGAGAUUUGGAUCAGGCCAGGCAGCUCCACAGGCAAUGGGAGGGAGCAAAGGAAUCGAGCGGGAGCCUCUAUCUGGGAAAUCUCCUCAUCGAAACAUAUGGCAAAUGCGGGCAUCCCGAGUGUUCCCGCAAAGUUUUCGACAGUCUCCGGCUGCCCAACACCUUCUCUUGGAACCUUCUCAUCUCUGCCUACGCUCGCAAUGGAUUCCUCCAUGAGGCCCAAGAACUCUUUGCGGCGAUGUCACCCCGGAGCUUGGUGGCGGCAAACGUGAUGAUCACCGCAUAUGCCCGAAAGGGGCAUGUCAUAGAUGCAAAGAAUGUCUAUGAUUCUAUGCUAGAGCACAGCUCCGUUUCAUGGAGUGCUAUGAUCGCAGCUUUUUUAUCAGCUGGAGAUCUAGGCGACGCUUGCGAUCUUCUACAAGCAUUGCCAGAGAGGGAUAUUACGUGCUCAAACUUAGUCAUUGCAGCAUAUGCUCAGGCCGGGCAUUUGCCUCAAGCCAAGCGUUUGUUUGACGAGAUGCGUCACCGUGACAUAGCGACUUGGAACGCAAUGCUCGAGGCACUCGCUGGUGCCAGAGACGACGUGAUCGAAAUGGAGAGGUUUUUCGAGACGAUGAUGCCGGGGUGGAGUGCCGCGUCUUUGACAAUACUAGUGACUUCACUGGCUCGCCAUGGCUGCUUUGACGAGGCUCGAGUAGCAUUCGAGGCAAGGCCACAGCUACACGACCUUGUCUCGUGGACUGCACUGCUUGCAGGCUUCGCUCUCCAUCGCGAUGGCAAUGAGGAUAUCCAAGAGAGCGAGAACAUCUUCUUCCACAAAAUGCCCCUCCACAACCACGUUACUUGGACCAUGAUGCUCGCAGCCUACGCCAGGCACACGGAUCUCUCGCGAAGGGCGUCCGAGUUCUUCCACGAAAACUUGCCGCAGCACUCCAUCGCGUCGAGCAACACCGCUAUGGCAAUCCACGUCCAGGCCGGGAAGAUGGACCGGGCUCGCGCGCUGUUUAUGGAAUGGAGCUGCGAGACGUCGAGACGUGGGAUCUUCUUCUCAGGGCCACGCCAGCUGACGAGGUGA